AUGGAUGAUAUAUUCGAAUUUGGAGAAGAUUUAAAUGGAGUCAGAGAAGACGAGUUUGACGAUGAUCAUAUACCGAGUUCACCGGUUGGCAGUACGGGAGAGGCAGAUGUAGAGGAUGAUACAGACUAUCUGUUCUUGGAUGACGAUCAACAGGCAUCGUCAGAAGGUGAAGGUGAUGAUUUGAUGGAUGAAGGAUUGGCAGAGGAAGAUGAAAAGGAUGCAGAAGCAAAUACACAAGACGAUGCCUACGAAGCUGAAGGUCUCGAUGAACAAGCCUACAAACCAAUGGCUGCAGAGGAAAGAAGAAAGGUAGACACAUUGCUCAAGAAGCGUGAUCGUAAAGAACAACGAUUCAACAAUCAAACACAAAGCAAUCGUUUCCGUACUCCAAUGGCAUUGAUCGAUGACGACGAAGACGAUGACGAUGAACAAGACGAUGAAGCACGUCGUGAAAAGGCUCGUGCUAGACGUCUCAAAAAACGUAAAGCAAACAUUAAACGUGAAGCUGAAGAUAUGGAUGAAGUUGAUGAUUUAAAUAAUAUCAAUCCUGAUAUUAAAAAGGAAAUGUCUGAUGAUAGUGAUGAUGAUGAAGAGAUUAUAAAUUUAAUGGAUCAAAAAGGAUCAUUAAGAGAAUACUUGGCAAUGGAUGCAACAAGAAGAGCAGUUGCUAAACUAUUCCAAACGUUUUUGUUGACUUUUGCCAGUGCCAAGGGUAAACAGAUCUAUGUUGAACGUAUUCAAACAAUGUGUGCCAAGAAUGAACAGAGUCUAUUGGUCAAUUUCACGCAUCUCGGCAAACUACCAUUCUUUACAUGGGUGACGGAUGCACCGACGGAAAUGUUGGAAAUAUUCGAUGAGACUGCCCUCAAGGUUGUUUUUACAAUGUUUCCAUCCUAUAGAAAUAUUCACAAGGCUAUUCAUGUGCGUCUGACACACUGUCCCUUUGUAGAUACACUACGUCACAUUCGUCAAUCGGAUCUCAAUUGUUUGGUCAAAGUUAGUGGUGUUGUCACACGUCGUAGUAGUGUCUAUCCUCAACUCAAAUUUAUUAAAUUUGAUUGUAUCAAGUGUAACCACGUACUUGGACCAUACUAUCAAGAUGGAAACACAGAGAUUAAAAUCGGUCUCUGUCCACAGUGUCAAUCCAAAGGUCCAUUUGUCAUCAACAAUGACCAAACCAUCUAUCGCGACUAUCAAAAAAUCACUCUUCAAGAAAGUCCUGGUACUGUUCCUCCAGGUCGUCUUCCACGUACCAAAGAUGUUAUCUUAUUAGUUGAUUUAAUUGAUACUGUUCGUCCUGGUGAAGAAAUUGAAGUAACAGGUAUAUAUAAACAUAAUUUUGAUGCAAAAUUAAAUCAUCAACAUGGAUUUCCAGUAUUUGCAACGAUUAUUGAAGCAAACUAUUUAAACAAAAGAGAAGAUUUAUUGGCAGCAUUUGUCAUGACUGAAGACGAUGAAAAGGAGAUUAGAAAACUAUCCAAAGACGAAAACAUUGUACAGAAAAUAGUUCAAUCGGUGGCACCAUCCAUCUUUGGACACGAAGACAUUAAAAUUGCACUCGCACUCGCACUCUUUGGAGGUAUGGCUAAAAAUAUCAACAACAAACAUCGUAUCAGAGGUGAUAUCAACGUGUUGCUUCUCGGUGACCCGGGUACUGCCAAGAGUCAGUUCCUCAAGUAUGUCGAAAAGACUGCCCAUCGUGCCGUCUAUACCACCGGUCAAGGUGCCUCUGCCGUAGGUCUUACUGCCGCCGUCCGUAUGGACUCACUCACCAAAGAAUGGACACUUGAAGGUGGUGCGUUGGUACUCGCCGAUCGUGGUGUAUGUAUGAUUGACGAGUUUGACAAGAUGAAUGACAAGGAUCGUACUUCGAUUCACGAAGCCAUGGAACAACAAAGUAUCUCCAUUUCAAAGGCCGGUAUUGUAACUACCCUCACUGCUAGAUGUUCAGUCAUCGCAGCAGCUAAUCCAAAAAAAGGUCGUUAUGAUCCAGGUCUAAAUUUAAUUCAAAAUGUUGAUCUUACUGAACCUAUUUUAUCUCGUUUUGAUAUUAUUUGUGUUGUUAAAGAUACUGUUGAUUCAAUUCAUGACAGUAAAUUGGCAAACUUUGUAGUACAUAGUCAUAUCAGAUCACAUCCAUCCAAUGUAAAUAAUGUACAACAUAACUACCAAACCAAUGCGACUGAACAAUCGCCAAUACCACAGGAUCUACUCCGCAAGUAUAUUCUCUAUGCCAAGCAACGUGUCAAACCACGUAUCAAUGAUAUCGAUAGAGCCAAGAUAUCACAACUCUACGCCGAGAUGAGAAGAGAGUCAAAGAGUGGUGGUUAUGCCAUGACUAUUCGUCAUGUCGAAUCGAUGGUUAGAAUGGCAGAAGCACAUGCCAAGAUGCAUCUACGUGACUAUGUCCGUGACGAAGAUGUAAAUAUGGCCAUCAGAGUCAUGUUGGACAGUUUUAUUGGCUCUCAAAAAAUGUCUAGUACCAAAACACUACGUAACAACUUUUCCAAAUAUAUUACAUAUCGUCGUGAUACCAACGAACUCUUAUCUUACUCUCUCCGUUCAAUUGCUCGUACCAUCUCGGAUUUCCAAGUCAUCCGAAAAGGUGCUGUUCCAAAUGUUAUAGAAAUUUUUCAAGAUGAAUUUGAAGCAAAGGGAAGAGAAAUGGGUAUCAAUGAUUUUGAUCAAUUCUACAAAUCAAAGGAAUUUUUAACUGAUUUCCGUCUUGAAAAGUCUACCAUUUAUUAUGAUAGAACUCUUAAAAGUAUUGAUACUAACAAUAACAAUAAUAAUAACACUAAUCCAAAUAAUACCAAUAAUCCAAAUAAUAAUAAUAAUAAUCGUUCCAAAAAAAUCAAAAUCAAUAAUACAAAUAGUACACCAAAACAACAAAAUAGUAGUAGAAGUAGUAACAUCAACCAAUUAGUCGAUAUAUAUUAUAAUUAA